ACGGCUGGGAGGCAGCAGGCUGCGGCGGCUGAUCCUACCUCAGGCGCGAGCAUCAUCGGUCUGAAUCUCUAGGGAAGCCGUUGAGGCAAAAAUCCUUGAGGCAUCGUUAAGAACCGAUAACGAUAAAUGAGCCCAAAUUCUGGAUUAGAACCGAAUUUCUUCAGAAAUCUUUUUUUUUUUUCUUUCAUUUUGCCGCAGAUGCCGAACGUCUUCCCUUUACCGAAGAGGGUCCCGGUGACAUCACAUCCUCUCCAAAGAGCGACGCAGCCUCCCAAGUCGAGCAAGAAAGAUCACCUCUGCUCCGCCACACCGUCCCCGAGGACAACCACCCCUAGAAGAUGGCCGGGUCUCCUGCGCUGCUCCUUCUGCUCGGUCUGGGGCUCUGCUGCCCUGGGAUCCAGGGCCAGGCGUACAAGAUGACGGCCAGGUUUCAUGACAGCAGCAUCACGCGACCCCGGCUGGGACAGCGGCUGGAGCUGGAGUGUCUGGGUGCCAGGGAGGACAGCGGCGUAUUCUGGGUCCGCCAGGACAAGGAUGGGACCCUUCACUUCAUCGUCUUCAUCUCCGCCCUGUCCCGCACCACCUUCAAGGGGAACGAGAAGACAUCCACACGCUUUGAGGCGAGGAAAUACAGCAUUGUCUACUACCUGGUAGUGAAGUCUUUCACGCCGGGAGAUGAGGGGAACUAUUUCUGCCUCAUGAACAGCAACCAAAUGCUGUACUUCAGCCGUGGCCAGCCUGCCUUCUUCCCAGUCACCAUCACAACAGCACCCACUGUACCAGCACCCACCACCCAGAGCGGCAUCACCCAAAAGGACCCCUGCCUGAAGACUCCGGAUCCAGAGACCAGUAAGGAGAAAGAGCCGAAUCUCUUCUGUGAUAUCUUCAUCUGGGUUCCCUUGUCAGGCGCCUGCCUCCUGCUCCUCAUCACCCUGAUAGUCACCACCGUGCUGUGUCAACAAACCAGAAGACGAAGAUGCAGAUGUAAAAGACCUGUGAACGGGAAGCCCAAUGCGAAACCUAGCACGCCAAGCCAACACACAUAAGCAUCUGCACCUUCUGGCUUCUGGAUCAUCUUCUGGGAGCUGUCACCGCAUAAGCCCAUCACCUACGCUACCUAUAAUAUAAUGCUACUACUUCUCAUGCACUCUACCCUGAGAAAUUUGGAAAGACAGGAUGGAGCAGAGACACACGGACAGCAAGCAAGCACUUUUUCUGUGAACUGCACCCUGAAGCACAGCUCCUUCCAAAACUUGAGGUUUUCAAAUUAAUUCCCAAGGCCAAAUGCCAUCUCUAUUCCCAGUGACGGAGCUCUGUGAUUCCGGCUGAAGAAACAGAUCAAUCCUGAUUCUGACCUGUAUCAGGGAUAAGCUGAUGAGAAAUAAGGGUAUUAGCUGGACCUUUGCUCAAGGGUGUGUGAUACUUCUUUCUAAAAUGCAGCCAAAAUUUGAAUUUGCUACAAAAUGACAUAAAAAUAAAUGCCCUCACUUAACACAUCCUCUUUUUGUGGUGCCAUGUAUCUCCUAAGACUUUUACUGUUUUAUCUACUGUAACACAAGGCUGCACUGAGAAAGUAAAUAUGGAUUAAAGGGCCUUACUUUUUAGGCUUUUACAGUCCUGGGGGCUAAGGUUUACUGUUUCCCUCUUGCUAUCCUUGUUCUGCUGCUAGCCCCGCUUCUACCGAUUUCAGCAGGAGUUUUUGCCUGUUCAAGGAAGGUAGGAUUUUCUUUCUGAAAGAAAGAAAGUCGACUGGUAAAAAAAAAAAAAAAAAAAAAAAAAGUCUUUGUCACUUGUUUCAGUUAAGCAGAACUUUUAGCAUACUGACUUGGGACAUGCUGAUUGACUACAAGGAAUUCUGUUUUUUCAGCUCUGUAUUUGAUGUAACUACUUCCUUACUGCACUUCCAAAUCAAGAACUGAGAAAAAAAAUAAAACACUGUUUCUAGUCAGACUCAA